CUCACACACACGCAGUCAAUCUUCAAAAUGAAACGUGCACAAUACAUAACAGGACACCUACCACGGGUAUAGUGUAGAAGCCGAAUCGCCAGUAGAAUUAUCUCCCAUUGAAGCCGCUUCGCUAGCAGAGAAGCGCCCAUUAUAUUCGACCGCCGGUGGAAAUAUCUUCGCCACAACAUUGCAGUCGGAUUGUGUUGAACCCCGCUUCUUGGCUCCGCCACAAGCCACGGAUUCUUCCUGUCCAAUCACAUCACACGAAUUAGUAAUAUAAAGGGCAGGUGAAUACUUGCCGUGUAAAACAUUUGUCGUGCCUUCCCAUCACCCGGCAGUCUGCGGAUCGCCUUCGUUGGACAAGCUACAAGUAAAUCAGCGCGCCGGUGCCAAGCCAAUGCUCAGCAGUGUGUCGCUAUUGAGCCACUACCGACAGUUGACAUCUGGUGCAGACUUCCGACGACAAUGUUACCGGUGGGAGGUUCGAGAAACGAUCCAUCACGGACGUCAAUGGCUGGGGGUUCACCUCAGUUGGACGAUAAUCUGCUCAUACUCGGGCAAGCAUCGCAUGCUGAGCUCUUCUCCACAGAGCGAACCAUCGAGAAAAAAGAAUUGGCCGCCAGCGCUGGCGACGACGCCACCCAGCGACAGAGGCAGCAGUCAGCCACUGCGGGAAAAGCUGUGGGUGACUUGGCCAAGGCAAAACACAGAUCUAACGUAACGAGUUACUCCGACCAGUUCACCAUGAAACCGGAAAUGGAGACGCCUGACGAUUGUCAAUAUGGGGUAGGCAGCGGCAGGGACAUGUGUAGCGGAAGCAACGCUCGUCGUAUCAAGCGCCCAAUGAACUCGUUUCUGAUGUGGGCCAAGGAAGCCAGGAAGCGAGUUAGCGACGAACACGCCGACUUGGACAACGCAGCAAUCAGUGGCUUGCUUGGUCAGCUAUGGAAGGAGCUGCCAGAUAGCCAGAAAGAACCCUUCAUACUCCGUGCUGAUGACGUCCGACAGCAGCAUCGUCACGAUCACCCCAGCUACUACCGGCAUCGCCAACGCAAGAAGCCGCUCACCAAGGACAAGAUCGUCAACGAGAAAAUUCAUCAAGUCGUCCAGGUCGUCCUGGACUCGAAAGAAUUCCCACCGCUCAUGCAGGUUGGAGCAGAAGCGAUGGGCAGCAACACCGGUGAGGCUGGCGCUGGCGAAACCUGGGACAAGUCAGCGCAAUCGGACAACGCCAGAGUGACCUGCCCUGCCAGUAGAAGCAAGAAACUGGGUAGACGGCAGAAGAGCACAAGCGAUAGUCGCGGCAGCAACAGUACAGCAAACAAGGGUGGCCGUAGAGGGAACAAGAACAAACGGCCCACAAACGCCUUCCUCCUCUGGGCGCAGUCCUCACGGCCGAAACUUGCCAAGAAGUUUGGCGAGCUGUCCAACUGGCAGAUUAGCAUGGUACUGGGGGAGCUGUGGAAGCAAGCACCGGUCGAGAGCAAAUGCGGUUAUCAUAAACUGGCCGAGCAGCUGAGAAACGAGCACCGCGCCAGCAACCCGGAACUGUACCGUCAUCCAGAGCGGCUCGCUGUCUGCAAGCUGGAGUCCGCUAAAGCGGAGAGCUCCCCCGGCGAGGACAAGAUGACUGCCUUUGCUCUGCGCGUAAGCACAGCGUCGUGCAAUGGCUCCUCAUUGCGCAGCUCUGAAUCGAUGUACCUUAAUUCUACGCCAUCGGUCGCUGAGCCGGCAACGCUAGCGUUGUCUGCAGGUUCAUCCAUGUCAUCAGCGUGCAGCACUAUGAACACGUUGGCUUCACCGGCUUCAUCCUCCGCAACAGCACUAGACUACCAACGGCUGCUGAGCGCUGACCUGCUAACCGAUAGUGAACUAUCUCACUGCCUGACGGACAUCAGCGCCAGUGCAGUCGGCUCUGCUUCCCCGCUGGACGCACUCUUGCAGGCCGAGGAUGUCAGCCACUUCCUGCAAGGCCUGGGCUCAGCGAAGUCAGAGAGCUCUCUUUUCUCCAGCAGCUCUUCGCCGAUUCGACCCAGCGGAGGUAUCGACGACACCGCUGUGCUCCUACCCGAGCCGAUAUGGUCGGCAGCACAGCUGACAAGCAUAGCACCGUCUCUCUACGCCCAGUCCUACAUGUGGCCAGACCUAGCCAACACACUGAUGAUGGACAGCUGGCAUCCCAACACCAACCCGACCGCCCAGCACCUAUGGUCCGCGCCGGCGAUCCCUCAGGACAUCACCAUGGCCAAUGGACUGCACUCUCCGUAUCUCGGCUUCAUGCCAGGACUGGCAAACCCAAGCACAUUAUCUACUGGCAUGCAGCUACCCAUUUUCAACUAAAAAUCUCUCAACUACAAUCCAGCUACACGCACACAUGUUUCGUACAGCAGCAGCAGAAUGGACUGCAAGUCCUCAGCGGAAUCAAGCCAUAGCUGUGCACUGGCGUUGCGUGAGAAUCACGGUCCCAUGGAUUCUCGGCACCAUUCUGUCUACGCAACAUGUGGGCCGGCCGUAAAAUUCACAACUGAACCUCAAUCGCAGAAGAACUACAGAACACCAAAAAUACUGGACUGGACUCUUGAUCUAGACUCACUAAUAACUGUCAAUGCCUCUCGAACAGGUCAAAACGACAAAACUUCAAAGUGGACUUUCUUAGCUUUUUAGCAGUUUUUUUUUAAUGAAUUGUUCCCCAACAGUUGUGAAAAUUCUUGCCGUGCAUUCCACAUUGUACUGUGCAGUUGAAACAGUUGACGUUGAAUUUCCUUAUGCAUAACAACACUGCACUCGUUGUUGGCAGUCCAGCGUGUGCCACUAUUUUCCUAUCUAAUUUCAGCCUGCCGACGAUCGUACAUGUACUGUGGAAGUCAACAUAGCUUUUAACGGUUGUAAUAUUACUACUUUCUAGAUCCCUGGUGUGGAGAGGGUGAUUCCA